UCUCUCUCUCUCUCUCUCAGAGUAGCACUUUAUGUAAGAUGAUACCUGCGCGUGUGGGUGCACUGUACUGUAGCCUAUUAGCUCGAGCUCCCACUCACUCUCCUGUUCCCGUUACCCGGUGAAUGAUAUCAACAGAGCGUUUUGCCUGUUCCCUACUGAGCGAAAGAGCACGCUUGAAAGGAGAAUAACAUCAAACCGCACAACUGAACGACAGCCAGAGCGCAUGGAACCAGAGAAAAUAUAGGCUACCCACAGCAACGGCGAGAGCACAUUGACAGGACAACGGGAGGACUGUUUAUUCAAAUUGGACGGAUGAUUUAGCGAACACAAUUGAGUAGACUGCCCGGCGGAUGAUACGCGUCCGGGACCGGUGCUGUAGAUUGCGAGGAGGCAAGUUAACGUUACCGGAGGAAGAAGAUGAAGUCGGCUGGGGUCGUGGAAGGAGGACUGUUCACAGAGAGUUACUGCAACAUCUGUAAUGCCCAACUCAUCUCCGAGUCGCAACGUACAGCACACUAUGAGAGUAAGAAACAUGCCAAUAAGGUCCGUCUCUUCUACAUGUUACACCCAGAAGACGGAGGCCCACCUUCCAAGAGACUGAGACCAGACAACCCUGACAGUGCAGAGACAGAGGUGGACAGCAAUAAGUGCUGUACGUUAUGUAAUAUGUUCUUCACGUCGGCCAUUGUUGCCCAGUCUCACUACCAGGGCAAGACACAUGCCAAGAGAGUACGACUGGUACUGGGAGAAACACCCAGCUUACCUACUGCUACCAACAGCCCUACCACCACAGACUCAUCCCCUUCCACCCCCCAGCCCAGCGACUCAAACCCUGCUCCUCCUGCCCUACCACGGCCCCCCUCUCUAGCACCCCCGGUGGUGGUGGUGGGUAGUGGUGGUAGUGGUGAGACAGGGAAGUACUGCUGUCUGUGUGGAGCAUGGUUCAACAACCCUCUGAUGGCCCAGCAACACUAUGAGGGGAAAAAACAUCGCAGGAAUGCAGCCAGAGCACAACUACUGGAACAGCUAGCUGGCAGUCUGGACGCUACCGAAACUACAGGUCUCCGCAGCAGAUACUCCUGCAGUGUAUGUAGUGUUGUGUUGAACUCCAUUGAACAGUACCACGCACACCUCCAGGGCUCCAAGCACCAGAACAACUUGAAGCAGGUCCAGCAGUGAAGCACUGGAACCAGAGACCUGUGGACAUGUGGAGAAUGGGAAAAUGGGAAUACUAAACAUGGGAAUACAGAGCAUUGUAAAACUAAAAUAAUAUUGGUUGUGGAAUUUUGGAAGACUGAGAGACUUCUACAGAUGGCUUAGGACUGUGUCUGUGUGUGUGUGUGUGUGUGUGUGUGUGUGUGUGUGUGUGUGUGUGUGUGUGUGUGUGUGUGUGUGUGUGUGUGUGUGUGUUUGUGUGUGUGUGUGUGUGUGUGUUUUUUAAUCUGACGAUGUCCUGGAGGUUACUGACCAUCUAAGUGUUUGAUAUGUGUACUUUGACCCCACAGCAGUCAGAAAACCAUUGGAUGUUGCUAGCGAUCGCCAUGCUGUUUGUGUGCGUCCCAAAUGGCACCCUAGGGCCCAUAGGGCUCUAUUAAAAAGUAGUGUACUAUAGAGACUCCUUUUGUGAACCACAAUCCUACAAUCUAACUAAGUGAUGUCAGUGUUACCCAGAGCGGUGAUAACCGUUACAAUGAUAGUCAUAGAGUAGAAGAAACAAUAUCAUCACCACUAUAUCAGUCCAGAGGGUCAGGGCUGCAAUACAUAUGUAUACAAAUAUAUAAUAAAUAUAUUCAUACAAUAUAUUUUCUAAACGCCUGGAAGUUAUCUGUGCAACAGCGUCGGUGCUCAGUGAGUAGCUCAUAAACAUAUAUUGAUAUCUAUAGUAAAUAUAUUGAAAUGUAAUGUAUGUUUACAUAUGUUUAGAUAUUCAACUAUGUUUUCAGCACUCAGUUCCAUGCAGAAACAGGGAGAGGAAAGACAAAUAUGUUUUCCCAACUUUGGGUGAUGCCAGACAGUCUUUGGUGCCUAUGUAAUACAAACUGUAACACAGCCAUUUUUAAAGUGGUAGCUGAUAUCCUGAAUUUGUCACUAAAUGACUGAUCAUUCAACUCAGAUAGACAGGGAUAUGCAUUGUAUAUGACACUUCUAUUCAGAGCGAUAUAAAGUCAAUUCAUUUGAAUACAACGUUGUAAGGAUACAAUCUGUAACUUGAAUAUCCUCAGUGGCUACUCAAUGUAUUGCAAACACACUUGGCCAAGACGCUGAACAAAAAUCGACCGGUUACAUCUGCCAAAACACACUCUCUUCACUUUAUAUACACAAGUUCAGUGACAGCACUUCGGACUGGAAUUGAAAGUAACAGAAUGUAAGUUUAAACAACCACGUAGUUCUUUUAAACUAAGGGUCAGUAUCUAUGGUUCAGUAAACAUUCCUAUGUUUAGUACCUCUGUGAUUAAUGAUGUCAUAGACACGAGACAGUGUCAGUCAGAAUCCCUUUUCUCUGAAACCAUAUAUAUUUGUUUUUCGACCAUACUGAUCUAGCGUCCGUUUGCAGUUUCCUGGACUCACUUACUGUAUUCAGGAUGGUGGCCCUCAGUAACAAAGUGUUAUUGUUUACCUUGAGGAAGCCACGAGAAGUAACUCUGCCACUACCAAAACAUAUGGUGAGACAUCAAUGGAACGCAGACCGUGGGGGACAGGACAAGGACGCCGUUAUUAUUUGUCAAAUCCGUCGUAAAUGAUGUGUUCUAAACAGGCCAACAAUGUAGUUACUAAAAUCUGAUUUGGAUAUACAGUAUUUGGCUGUUUUGCUGCAUAAUAUUUAGAAGUUGUCCUUUGCUAACUGGUGACUCCGGUUAAGAUAAGCUGGUAAUGGUGGAGCAUAGCUGGUGGUGAUGGAAGUUUUAGUGUAAUGCAGUUGAUUGAUGGCGAUGAAAUGAACAUGUAUUCGAGGUUAAAACCAUACAAGCAUUACACUUUUAUUUUGACCUCAACAUAGUGUCAAAUAUACACAUAUGACCAAUAGACUAAAUGUAGGCUCAUUUUGCUGAGGGGCAAUGAGGAGAUUCUAGAUCUAUCCUCCACGGGAGGACACGUGCAUGGUGUUUCCAUGGUUUUAGUCAAACUCUUACGUGAUCUAUCUAACGGUUACCACCAACCUAUGUUUAUCAUGUGCAUCUCUAGCCACUGGUAAAUCGUAUCGUUCUAAAAAGGCAACACGACAAACAGACUUGCCUUUAAAAGGACACCGUUCCAUGCUAUGCCGUUUUUCUGUUUCUUGAUGUUGUUGAGAGUUUCAUGUAUUUUUCCCCUGUGAAGUGGUGAACACAUUAAAAAAACAUUAUUUUUGCUUUGCGUUUUAA